AUGUGUUUAGCUGUUUUAUCAGCUGACCAGCUGAACAAUUGCAAAAAAUUCGAAGAGUUCACCGAACUCCUAUGGCAAACUGACUAUAGUAUAAUUCCAGACAUUGUUGAUAUUACGAAAAAACUCAUGGACGAAAAUAUAAUCUGCAACGCGUUGAUUGUGAACAUAAUUGAUAUGAUAUCAUAUAAAAAUAGGAAAAAUCUUAGAUUUUAUCAUUCAUUAUUCAAAGAAUUGGUAGAUAAAUUAAUUGUAACAAUACCAUCGCACUAUUACUUCUCAUGUCAGCCACUACAAGCUGCGUUAAUCAAAACUGAGUGUUACGAUGGCGAUACACCUGAAGAAUACAUCGAUAAAAAUCUAGACGAAAUUUAUCAAAUUUAUCCAAAACAAACAAUUAACUACUGCUUAUUCUGGGAUGAUGCUCAGACAUUGGAAUGCUUGGCACUAUUACCGAAGUUUAAAUUCAACGUACGAUUGAGCAACGGUCUAAAUUUAUUGGACACAGCGGCGAUGUUUGGAUCUGAAAAAUGUUUUGAGUAUUUGCUUGCCAACAAUGCAAAAGUUACUCAAAAGACACUGGAGAACGCUUUCUUCGGUAAUAAUUGCAGGAUUCUGGAGAUUUGUUGUGAAUCGUUCAACAUUACUCAGAAAUGUCUUGAUAAUGCAAUCAAAUCACAUCAUAACGAAUAUGCAUGCGAAAUUAUUGAAAAAUUUGGAUUUGAUUUUUCAUGGGAUUCAACACUUUUCUUUUUCAACUUGAAAAUGUUCUUUUACAAGUUAAAUAAUAUCAACGAUAUCAAUGUCUAUGAUUCUAAUCAUGAUACCGCCUUAAUUGUUGCAGCAAAAAUUGGACUUGCAUAUAUUGUUGAAUUAUUACUUAAAAACGGCGCAAACACAGAAGUUUAUGAUCAUUUUAAAGAAUAUCCAAUAAUGCAUGCUGUCGAAAACAAUCAUUUAAAGAGUUUCGGCUUAAUUUUGCAAAAUGGAGCUGAUUUUGAAGCCAAAGACCAUAUUGGAUGGACAACAAUACUUUAUUCUGCUUUACAUAAUAGGAUUGAUAUCACAAACAAACUAAUUGAGAAGAAAGCAAUCAAUUCUAUCCAAGAUAAGUAUGGAAAGAACGCGUUAUGCAUUGCAUCAUAUAAUUGUUCAGUGGAAGUUGCUUCUGCACUUAUAGAUGCUGGUAUAGAUAUGGAUGUUGGUGAUAAAAACAAUUGGAAUGGACUUUUUAUUGCAUCUGCAAAUAAUUCGCUCGAAAUUGUUAAAAUAUUCAUAGAAAGGGGCUGUAAUAUAGAAAGAAGAGAUAAAUGGGGUAAUACGCCGUUUAUGGUUGCUUGCGUUAAGAAUAGCUUUGAUGUUAUAAAAUAUUUGAAAGAGAAAAAUGCAGAUAUCAAUGCAACAAGCAAUUCUGGUAAAACAGCGCUUAUGCUCGCAGCCGAUAAUAAUUGUAUUGAAGUUGUAAAGCUUUUACUUGAUUUUGGUGCCAAAAAAGAUAUUAAAGACUGCAAUGGAUGA